GGUGCGCAGCAUGGAGAUGCAGAGAUGGUCCACAAGGUGGAAAACGAGAAGGUGGCCGUGGGACUCGGCUGUAACCGUGCUCAUCACCUUCGCUUUCCUUCUCCAGGCUGCAGAGGUCAGAGGAGCUGAACCCGUUGAUGUGCUAAAAGCAUUAGAAUUUCACAAUUCUCCAGAAGGAGUAACAAGAACAGCAGGAUUUUGCACAAACAGAAGGAAUUCAAAAGGAUCGGAUGUUGCUUACAGAGUUUCAAAAACUGCCCAGCUGAGUGCCCCCACAAAGCAGCUGUACCCAGGUGGAGGUUUUCCUGAAGAUUUUUCAAUAUUAAUGACAGUAAAACCUAAAAAGGGUAUUCAGUCUUUUCUUUUGUCUAUCUACAAUGAACAAGGAAUUCAGCAAGUAGGUGUUGAAGUUGGUAGAUCCCCUGUCUUCCUGUUUGAAGACCAAAACGGAAAACCUGCCCCAGAAGACUAUCCUCUUUUCAGAACAGUCAACAUCGCUGAUGGCAAGUGGCAUCGAGUAGCUAUCAGUGUGGAGAAAAAGAGUGUUACAAUGAUUGUUGACUGUAACAAAAAAACUACAAAACCACUUGACAGAAGUGACAAAACAGUUGUGGAUACCAAUGGCAUCACUGUCUUUGGAACCAGGAUUCUGGAUGAAGAAGUUUUUGAGGGUGAGAUCCAGCAGCUGUUGAUUAUAGCUGAUCCCAGAGCUGCAUUUGACUAUUGUGAGCAUUAUAGCCCAGACUGUGACUCCCCAGUGCCCAAUGCUGCUCAGGCUCAAGAUCCUCGGGUUGAUGAGAAAAAGAAAGCCAUGGUCAAAAAGAAGAGGACAGUGGCUGCUAGCUCAAAGGACAAACCUCAAAAGGCCACAACAAAAAAAACUGAAAAAUAUGCAUCCAAGAAGAAGAAAAGUUACCAAGCAGCAACAAAAGGCAAACUAGGGGUAAAGGCCAAUGUUAUUGAUGGAUUUCAAGAUUACAGCAUAGCUGAAAAUGACUAUGGGCCCCAGACAGAAGCUCCCUCCAGAACUACUGAAGCAAAUGAGCAAAAUCCUGUUGAAGAAGUUUUUGCUGAAGAAUACAUAACUGGAGAGGAUUAUGAUAAAAAAACUGAGGCAACUGAAUAUGGAAACAGAGGAGUAGACCUCAGUGAAUCUGAUCUGCUGGUAGAUGGAGAUUUAGGAGAAUAUGAUUUUUAUGAAUAUAAAGAAUAUGAAGAGAAACCAACUGAUUCCACUAAUGAGGAGUUUGGUCCAGGUGUUCCUGCAGAGACCGAUAUCACAGAAACAAGCGUGACAGGACAUGGGGCUUAUGGAGAAAAAGGCCAAAAGGGAGAACCAGCUGUGAUUGAACCUGGUAUGCUCAUUGAAGGACCACCGGGACCAAGAGGACCUGCUGGUCUUACAGGUCCCCCGGGUUUACAAGGUCCUGUUGGUCCUCCAGGUGACCCUGGUGAAAGGGGUCCACCUGGUCGCCCUGGUCUUCCUGGUGCUGAUGGUUUAGCUGGUCCCCCAGGUACCAUGUUAAUGUUGCCGUUCCGCUUUGGUGGAGAUGGUGAGAAGGGCCCAACAAUCUCAGCUCAGGAAGCUCAAGCACAAGCUAUUCUUCAGCAAGCUAGGAUUGCUAUGAGGGGUCCACCUGGUCCUAUGGGACUCACUGGAAGACCAGGUCCUGUGGGUGGACCUGGAGCAGCGGGUGCUAAAGGUGAAAGUGGUGAACCAGGUCCUCAGGGUCCUCGUGGAGUCCAAGGUGCCCCCGGUCCGAGUGGAAAAGCUGGCAAAAGGGGACGUCCUGGAGCUGAUGGUGCCAGAGGAAUGCCAGGAGAACCUGGUGCAAAGGGUGACAGAGGAUUUGAUGGUCUUCCUGGCCUCCCUGGUGACAAAGGUAACCGGGGAGACCGUGGCCCACAGGGACCUCCUGGCUUACCUGGUGAAGAUGGAUCAAGAGGAGAAGAUGGGGAAGUUGGACCAAGAGGUCUCCCAGGUGAAGCUGGUCCACGGGGAUUGCUGGGCCCCAGAGGAACACCUGGGCCCCCUGGACAACCUGGCAUUGCAGGUAUUGAUGGACCUUCAGGCCCAAAGGGAAACAUGGGUCCUCAAGGGGAACCAGGACCUCCUGGUCAGCAAGGAAUUCCAGGCCCACAAGGGCUUCCUGGUCCUCAAGGUCCUAUUGGGCCUCCUGGUGAAAAAGGACCGCAAGGCAAGCCUGGCCUUCCUGGCCUUCCUGGCACUGAUGGGCCUCCUGGUCACCCUGGCAAAGAGGGUCAGUCUGGAGAUAAAGGUGCAUUGGGGCCUCCAGGUCCUCAGGGUCCAAUUGGAUAUCCAGGUCCUCGUGGUGUAAAGGGUGCUGAUGGUGUACGUGGACUCAAGGGAUCCAAAGGUGAAAAGGGUGAAGAUGGUUUUCCAGGAUUUAAAGGUGACAUGGGUCUUAAAGGUGACCGGGGAGAAAUUGGUCAGCCAGGUCCACGAGGAGAAGAUGGCCCAGAAGGUCCAAAAGGUCGAGCGGGUCCAUCUGGGGACCCAGGUGCUGCUGGUCCAGCUGGGGAAAAGGGUAAGCUGGGUGUACCUGGACUGCCAGGAUAUCCAGGAAGACAAGGUCCAAAGGGCUCAACUGGUUUCCCAGGAUUUCCAGGUGCCAAUGGAGAGAAAGGUGCAAGGGGAUUGCAUGGCAAACCAGGCCCCAGAGGACAGAGAGGACCAACAGGUCCAAGAGGCUCAAGAGGUCCCAGAGGUCCCACUGGUAAACCAGGUCCAAAGGGCACUUCAGGCAAUGAUGGUCCUCCUGGCCCACCAGGCGAAAGGGGACCGCAAGGGCCUCAGGGACCUGUUGGAUUCCCCGGACCAAAGGGACCUCCAGGUCCACCUGGAAAAGAUGGCUUGCCUGGACACCCAGGACAGCGGGGUGAGACUGGUUUUCAAGGAAAAACUGGUCCUCCUGGUCCUGGUGGUGUUGUUGGCCCUCAGGGUCCUACUGGUGAGACUGGACCAAUUGGUGAAAGAGGCCAUCCAGGUCCCCCUGGUCCCCCAGGUGAACAAGGCCUCCCAGGUGCUGCAGGAAAAGAAGGUGCAAAGGGUGACCCAGGCCCUCAAGGCAUUCCUGGAAAAGAUGGACCAGCAGGUCUUCGUGGUUUCCCUGGAGAGAGAGGCCUUCCAGGUGCUCAGGGUCCAGCUGGUUUGAAAGGAGGGGAAGGCCCACAGGGUCCACCUGGCCCAAUGGGCUCGCCGGGAGAGCGCGGCGCCGCGGGCACCGCCGGCCCCAUCGGCCUGCCCGGCCGGCCGGGCCCGCAGGGACCGCCGGGCCCCGCCGGAGAGAAGGGCGCGCCCGGUGAAAAAGGUCCCCAAGGUCCAGCUGGACGUGAUGGAAUACAGGGUCCUGUAGGACUUCCUGGUCCUGCUGGUCCUAGUGGUUCUCCUGGAGAAGAUGGUGACAAGGGUGAAAUUGGUGAACCAGGUCAGAAAGGUAGUAAAGGUGACAAAGGAGAAAACGGUCCUCCAGGUCCACCAGGUCUGCAGGGUCCUGUUGGAGCUCCAGGCAUAGCUGGAGGUGAUGGAGAGCCAGGCCCAAGAGGUCAGCAAGGGAUGUUUGGGCAAAAAGGGGAUGAAGGUCCUCGAGGCUUUCCUGGACCCCCAGGCCCUAUUGGCUUACAGGGUCUGCCUGGCCCACCAGGUGAAAAAGGUGAAAAUGGUGAUGUGGGCCCAAUGGGUCCACCUGGCCCACCAGGUCCAAGAGGUCCCCAGGGUCCUAAUGGAGCUGAUGGUCCUCAAGGCCCCCCAGGCUCAAUUGGCUCUGUUGGAGGUGUUGGUGAAAAGGGUGAGCCUGGAGAAGCUGGUAACCCUGGACCUCCUGGAGAAUCUGGAACAGCUGGUCCAAAAGGCGAAAGGGGAGAAAAAGGUGAAGCUGGUCCACCUGGAGCAGCUGGACCACCAGGUGCUAAAGGACCUCCAGGUGAUGAUGGGCCUAAGGGUAACCCAGGCCCAGUUGGUUUUCCUGGAGAUCCUGGUCCUCCUGGGGAACCUGGUCCAGCUGGUCAAGAUGGUGUUGGUGGAGAGAAGGGUGAAGAUGGUGAUCCUGGUCAACCUGGUCCACCAGGUCCUUCAGGUGAAGCUGGCCCACCUGGUCCUCCUGGGAAAAGGGGACCUCCUGGAGCAACAGGUGCUGAAGGCAGACAAGGUGAAAAAGGUGCAAAGGGUGAACCUGGUGCAGAAGGAGCUCCUGGAAAAACAGGGCCAGUUGGUCCACAGGGACCUGCAGGAAAACCUGGCCCAGAGGGUCUCCGGGGCAUUCCUGGCCCUGUGGGAGAACAAGGUAUGCCUGGAGCACCAGGUCAGGAUGGCCCUCCUGGACCUCUGGGCCCACCUGGCUUGCCUGGACUGAAAGGAGACCCAGGUUCAAAGGGAGAGAAGGGACAUCCUGGUUUGAUUGGCCUGAUUGGACCUCCAGGAGAACAGGGUGAAAAGGGUGACAGGGGUCUUCCUGGCCCACAGGGAUCUCCUGGAGCCAAGGGUGAUGCAGGAAUUUCUGGUCCUGCUGGUCCACUUGGACCCCCUGGUCCUCCUGGAUUACCUGGUCCCCAGGGUCCCAAAGGUUCCAAAGGAUCCAGUGGUCCUGCUGGUCAGAAGGGUGACAGUGGCUUACCUGGUCCACCUGGUCCUCCAGGCCCUCCAGGUGAGGUAAUCCAGCCACUGCCAAUCCAGUCACCCAAGAAGACAAGAAGAUCUCCUGACUAUAUGUUAUCUGAUGCUGGUGAUAAUAUUCUGGAUUAUUCUGAUGGCAUGGAGGAGAUCUUUGGCUCCCUGAAUUCACUGAAGCAAGAUAUUGAGCACAUGAAGUUCCCCAUGGGCACUCAGAAUAACCCAGCCCGGACCUGCAAGGAUCUGCAGCUCUGCCACCCUGACUUCCCUGAUGGGGAAUAUUGGAUUGAUCCUAACCAGGGAUGUUCUGGAGACUCCUUCAAAGUAUACUGCAAUUUCACAGCAGGUGGGGAAACUUGCAUCUACCCAGAUAAGAAAUCUGAAGGAGUUAGAAUUUCGUCAUGGCCAAAGGAGAACCCAGGAUCUUGGUUUAGUGAAUUUAAGCGAGGCAAACUUCUUUCCUAUUUGGAUGUUGAAGGCAAUUCCAUUAAUAUGGUCCAAAUGACAUUCCUUAAACUACUGAGUGCCUCUGCCAGACAAAAUUUCACUUACAACUGUCACCAGUCUGUAGCCUGGCACGACGCACCCUCUGACAGCUAUGACAAAGCACUAAGGUUCUUGGGAUCCAAUGAUGAAGAAAUGUCUUAUGACAACAAUCCUUACAUCAAAGCUCUCCACGACGGCUGUGCAUCAAGAAAGGGCUAUGCAAAGACAGUGCUGGAAAUCAACACGCCCAAAAUAGACCAAGUGCCCAUAGUUGAUGUGAUGAUCAAUGACUUUGGUGAUCAGAACCAGAAGUUUGGAUUUGAGGUCGGUCCUGUCUGUUUCCUUGGUUAAGCUUAAGACAAAAUCAGAUCAACACAAAUGUUGCACUUUGGUGCUACCAACCCACUUCAUGCCACAUGCAAGUUUUGAAUAAGGAUGGCAUAGAAAAUGUCUUGCUGUGUAUGUCUAAUCUAGAAAGUAAUUGUUGCCCUUGUAGGGCCAGAAUCACAUGACUUAAACUUAUUUUGCAAAGAUGCUGUGGCACAGACAGACAACAUAGGGCUCACUUCAGGAACACCCCCUUUGCAUUCCUUUGGUGCUGUACAAAACCAAUGACAAUGGUGCUCCUUCCAUUAUAACAAAGAGGUGUUUAGAAAGUGUUUAAUAUAAACUGUAAUAUUCUAUGUACAGUACUAUACUGUGAUUUCUUUGUCCCCUUCCAAAACUUGCAUGUGUCUCUGAAUUGCAUCUGGCUCUUAUUUACAAUUACAAACUACAUUGUCAAUACUGUGUAUGUAUUCUGAAAAAAAUAAAACUGUAAUUGCUAGUGAAGCCAAUUCCAUUUCUGAUUAAUAAUAAAAUCCCUUUGUAUA